UAUGGCAACUUAACCUUUCACCUUUCACCUGUAACCCUGGUGGGAUCUCAAAAAUGGCUACCUCCAUGCAGCACAUCGCGAAGGUUUUGUGUCGUCUGUCGCCUUCAAUUUUACAUUCAGUUCGUCAUUACCAGUCCUAUUUCCACAGGCUGCCCUUGAGGACAUGCCCGUCUCUCUUGCCAUAUGUCCAUCCCAGUCACGCUUACUGCAAAGCGGCAUCGCUGCAGGACGAGCAUGCUGCUCAGGCUGCGGAGGCUCUGACCCGUUACAAGGACAGGCCUUGGGAUUACCUGGAGAGUGAAGAGUAUAUUGAAAGGUAUGGAAGAAAUCCAGUGUGGGCUGGCUACAGGAGGAACCACAAAGGAGGCAUUCCCCCACAGAAGACUCGCAAGACUUGCAUUAGAGGCGACAAGAUAUGUGGAAACCCCUGCCCAAUUUGUCGUGAUCCAAACAUCAUUAUUCACCAUCAGAACGUCAAGUUGCUGCAGCAGUUCAUCAGUCCCCACACUGGAAUGGUGUUUGAUUCCACUCAAACAGGCGUGUGUAUGAAGCAGCAGAAGAAGCUAAAUAAGGCAAUUAACACAGCCAAAGAUCAUGGUUUUCUUCCCUUUCAGAUUCCACAUGUGGAAUUUUCAGGGGAGGACUACUCCAACUCCCAUGAUGCUGUGGGGACCACACCACCUCCCCCAUUCCUAUCCUUCGGUGACAACUGGUACAAAUGGUAUGGGGAAAUAGUGCCUGAUGAGAAUGAAGUGGCUAAAGUCAAGAAGACAUAUAAAGCUUAUUUAAAGUGAUCGCGGUGCUGAUCAUGCUGUCAAAAAGUGAAAGUUGUUUGGACCAUAUGAAGAUGUUUUUGUCUUAUAAGUGUGCAAAAAAAAUUGUACAAUAAACCACAUGAUGAAAAAUUUAA